AUGCGGUCACCGGAGAUGUCAUAUAGUCCCGCCUACUUUCAGGACCAAGGACCUCAUGAAACAACAGAUUCUCGCAGCUCGAUCGUCACCCCUCCAUCAGCUGCCCGUCGAUCUCAGGAACAAUCCUCCGUCUUGGGUCACCCCGUAGGCGAAUCUCGACCCUCCUCCCCCACACCAAGCUGCGACGUCAGUCCCCACACUUCAGGCCCACGGGCACACCGUGCAUACCAUAACCAGACAACGAGAGGAGCUUCCUGGCCUGGUUCAGACCUUCGAGAUACCGACUCAGUCCCGGCUAGCGGCUCAUCAAUAAGUGGUGCAUACAAGGAAGAGCGGUCCCCCAGCAGCUGGACAGACCGGCCGUCAUUGAUGUCUGGGGAACACCCCAGCCCGAGCGUAAUCCGUGUCCGGAAACGAGCUAUUCCGGAUGAAGAACUAGUCAACGCCGAGGGCCAAGAUGCUCUCCUGAUGCUGUUCCGUCUCACAAUCGUCCCACUCUACUCAUUCGGCGCUUCUCUAUACGCUAUCUUUGCUCUUGUAUUCGCACUCCUUGUUUCACCUUUCCGUCUCUGCCCAUUUUCCUCAUACCUCUGUGCAACAACGUUCGUAUCACAACUUUGCGAUCUCUUCUCUCCUGCCCUCCAUAUUCAUGAACGACUCGUCUGCUUGCAACCACCAACAGUGGAUGACCGAUCCUCUUCGACCCAAUCAACCCAAUGGAUUCAUUCAAAGCGAGAUUCAGACCUACCGUCAGUCACAUCCAAGCCCAGCGAAGGCUACGCGGUGACUACUUCAAUUCUCGUCCUGGUCUUAUCCCCGUUAUUUAGCAUUGUGAUCCUUCUUUUCGCAUGGAUCACCGCGUUUUUCUGGGUCUUCUCCAAGGUCCUGGGAAAUCCGGAUGGUACCGAGCGGAAGGACGAUGGCCGCACCGCCGUUCUGGGAGUCUGCAAAUGGUGGCGGUCAUGGCUUUGCAAAGCCCGGAAAUCAUAG